AUGGUAUUUUACGAGAGAAAUGGCGAAAAGCGUCAUGAAAUGGUACUGCAAGGUGCAGCUAGCGAAAGACGAGUCAUUGAUAUGCAAUGGGAUGUGGAAUCUUCCUGUUUAUUUCUUCACUUCCGAGGUGAAGAUUUUGAUGAAGUCGAAAUAUGGACAGUAUCCAACUACGACUGGAAACGUCAAUGGUCAACGCGUUUCGAACAGAAAGUGACACGUGUCCAUUGGGAUAUUGAAAAGGCACGACUUCUAUGCAUUCUUUUUGAAGAUGGCACCUACUGUCGACUGACAUUUGAUCUCAGUCCAAUUGUUGUUAAUUCUACUGCUUUGGUCAUUGCUACUGAAGAAUUGCGACUGACAGAGUUUGACCAAUGCCCUGUUCCACCACCCAUGUGUGGGAUUUCCUCACCUGUCAACAGAGCGAUCCACGCUGUGGCUUUUGACGGGAAACGUAUGGCAGUACUUAGUUCAGAUUUCAUACUUCAAAACUGUGAGUUUUCGCUUACCCAAACUUAUUUCGAAUUGGCGUGGGGAUUACAUCUAUUAAUUCGACUAGUGGAGACCGAGAAGUACAACGAUUGGUCUCAGCAAAACAUCCUCGUAGUUUAUGGAGAAUAG